AUGGCCAAAGACGACUCCACUGUUCGUUGCUUCCAGGGUCUGCUGAUUUUUGGAAAUGUGAUUAUUGGUUAUUUCAUUCUGAUGUUUAUAGCAUAUGGCUUUGAAGUGGCGUCUUGUAUCACUGCAGCAACACAACGAGACUUUUUCACACCAAACCUCUUUUUGAAGCAGAUGCUGGAGAGGUACCAAAACAACAGUGCUCCCAACAAUGACGACCGAUGGAAAAACAAUGGAGUAACCAAAACCUGGGACAGGCUCAUGCUCCAGGACAAUUGCUGUGGUGUAAAUGGUCCAUCAGACUGGCAGAAAUACACAUCUGCCUUCCGGGCUGACAAUAAUGAUGCCGACUAUCCCUGGCCUCGUCAGUGCUGUGUAAUGAACAACCUUAAAGAACCUCUCAACCUGGAGGCUUGCAAACUAGGAGUGUCUGGUUAUUACCACAAUCAGGGCUGCUAUGAACUGAUCUCUGGACCCAUGAACCGACAUGCCUGGGGGGUUGCCUGGUUUGGAUUUGCCAUUCUCUGCUGGACUUUUUGGGUUCUCCUGGGUACCAUGUUCUACUGGAGCAGAAUUGAAUAA